UCUGUUUCAUUUUAUAUUUAUUAUCAUUAUCUCAGAGAUCUCUCGCCGGGAAAACUCUCCCGGCGAUAACAUCCGGUUGUUAUCCUUUUAACAGAGAAAAUUACAAAGGAAGAGAAGAACUCUAAAUCUACUAAGAUGGAGUCAGAGUUUCAGCAACACCACUUCCUUCUUCACGAUCACCAGCACCAGAGACCACCAAGAACCUCCGGUUUAGUUCGGUACCAGUCAGCUCCUAGCUCGUACUUCUCCAACUUCGGUGAAUCCAUAGAAGAGUUCUUGGAUCGACCGACAAGUCCUGAAACAGAGAGGAUCUUGUCUGGCUUCUUGCAAACCACCGACACAAGCAACAACGUUGAUAGCUUCCUCCACCAUACUUUCUCCGAGACGGAGAAGAAGCCUCCGGAGGUGAAGACAGAGGAGGAGACGACGGAGAUGGAGGUCGUUGUCGGUGGUGGUGAAGUUGAGGUGAGUCAAGAACCUGUCGGGUAUGCUUCGGUCGUGCAGAACUUAGGUCGGAACAAGAGACCACGGGAGAGAGAUGAUCGGACUCCGGCGAAUAAUCUCGCUCGGCAUAACAGCUCACCCGCCGGAUUAUUCUCCUCCAUAGACGUGGAAACAGCAUAUGCAGCUGUAAUGAAAAACAUGGGAGGGUUUGGUGGAGGAGGUAAUGUGAUGAAUACUGAAGCUUCGUCACUUACUCCUAGAAGCAAGCUUCCUCCUCCUUCCAUGAGUACGAUCCCUGAGAUUGAUGAUGUCAAACCUAGUUUCUCCUCGAGGUUGCCUCCUCGAACACUCUCUGGUGGGUUUAAUCGUUCCUUUGGUAAUGAAGGCGCUGCUUCCUCUAAGCUUAUCGCAAGGACACAGUCUGGUGGUCUAGAUCAGUACAAAACCAAGGAUGAAGAUUCAUCAGCUAGUAGACGUCCUCCUUUAGCGCAUCACAUGAGUUUGCCCAAGUCUUUAUCAGACAUUGAACAGUUGCUCUCAGAUUCUAUCCCUUGUAAGAUUAGAGCCAAGCGUGGCUGCGCCACUCAUCCUAGGAGCAUUGCUGAGAGAGUGAGAAGAACAAAGAUUAGUGAAAGAAUGAGGAAGCUGCAAGACCUUGUUCCAAACAUGGACACGCAAACAAACACAGCAGAUAUGUUGGAUCUUGCGGUUCAGUACAUCAAGGACCUCCAAGAACAAGUCAAGGAGCUGGAAGAGGCUCGGGAAAGAUGUAGAUGCUCUUGUGCGUGAAGCUAGAAGCCGAAGUAUGCGCUUGUGGGGUGCCAGGCAGGGAUUUGUGCAUAGAAGCAGUAUCGGUUCGGUCUUUGGUGAGAGUCGAACAUAGCGAAGUAGAGAAGAUAACUUUGGUGGCUGAUGGACAAAAGGGUUUUUGUAAAUUGGAACCUUUUUUUUGGUUGGAGGAAAAGGGAGAAGUAAAGUUCAUGUUAUGGUUCGAACUCCGAAGUUAUUGUAUUUGUUCUUACACCCAAAACAAACACAAAACAUGAGAACGCUGAAGAGAAGUGAUGUACUAGGAUGAGAAGCUUCUUUUUAUUGUAACUCAAUAAUAAUAAUUCAGGGUAAUUAAGUUACUUUCUUUUGUUAGACCAUAGAAACAUCAACAAACGAG